UCUGUCUUCCUCACUCGAGGAGUCCCGACGAACCCUAAUCUCGGAACCCGACUACUGUUGCCGAUGAGACCGUCGUCGUCCGUUCGUCCUUGACGGUGCGUCCGUGCCUCUUGUUACGAAAUACCCCGGCGUUGGUUAGCUCCUACCUAAGAACUCACAAAGGUCCGAAGCCUCGCGGCGUUAUCGAUUCCCCACCUCACUCUUUCUGCUCCUCUCUCACAGUUAGAAAUUUGCAGGCAUUAUCAAAGUACCCUAAAAUUCCAAUCAAUGGAGGCCAUGGUGAAGAAGUAUCAGCAAAGAUUCAGAAAGUUCAAAGAUGAAAUGGAUCGCUGGGACGAGCUUCAAGUUCGCUUGAUUUCACAGUUCACGAACGCUUCCUCCAUCAUUGGGAGGUUGCAGGUGCUUCAAGACCCUAAGAAUUAUGGCAGUCUGUCUGGCAUUGUAGAUGCGCUAUUGGCUAAGCAGAUGGAAUCGUUGCAACUCGUUUUCUCGUCUAUUAUAAAGACAAUGGUAGAACUUGGGAAUAUUGUCCGUUCAAUGGAGAAGAUUUAUCGUGAUGGGAAGCAACUAAUCAAAGGUGGUUCGAAUCAGCCAUCAACAAAACAACUGCAACAAAGAGUUGGAUUAAAACCGAGUCUUGAAGAUUGCUUGAACGGGUUAAGGCUUCUUUGUGACAUGCAUCGCUCUGAGUACCAUCUUAAAGAAUCUAUGGUCUCAUCACUUCCAGAACUUUUCUGGAAACCCAGGAAUCAUAGUGCCCAAGAUCUCAGUUCCUUACAGCAACUUUUGGUUGAUCAACCCAACAUUCGGAAAGAGGAAGUUGAGUUUAUCUUUGAUACCAUACUGGUUCCAGAAGCUAGCUAAAAUGAUGAGAUAAUCAAACAGUUCAAGAACAUUUGAUUGCAUCUACAUGCCUUCUUCCAAGGAAGAACUUGUAUUCUUGCAAUGGAAAGAAAUUUUCAGGAAGAGGAAGCUUCAAGGAUAUUUACCUUGUGAGAGAGAAUACAACACCAACAAUAUCAAUUGAAAAGCAAAGUAGUGUCGGUAUUCAUCUCUAUUCCCUCGGUAGUAGUGCAUUUGACGUUUUGGCCGAUUAUAUGAUUUAAUCAGUUGAGUUAUGUUGAGGUUAAAUUUAUGUUUUACUAGUGAGAUUUUUUUAUAAUCUAGUUUUAUGAACACACAAUUAGUUCAACAAUAUUCGUCGAUGGUACAUGACUACUACCACUGUGCCAAGCUUACUUUGACGUGUAUUAAGAUACGACAUAGAGACGACUUAUCUACCAUUACCAACCGGUGUGGUAUUGCUUCCCAUCCUUCUUCACGAUCGUAGGUAGUAGGGUAGCAGGUUAGAGGAAGGAGAUGAAGUAAAAGAACAAAGAUGUUUUUGCCUUUAUAGACAUAUAAAUGUGAAGCCUUUUGAUAUGAGUUUCUGAAAUGCAUUGGUAAGAAUGAAUAUUGGUGCACUUGCACUCAUCUCAUGUAUUUCGACCAUUUUGAUUAUAAUAAAACUUUUUGGUCAUAAUUUUCAGGGAA